CAUUGUUGCUCUCAUUCCGGAUCCAGCCUCUUAAUUGUCCCAGACAUGACACCUUGGGCGCUGCUUCUCUUCUUCCUCUUCCAGCCUGGUUCCCUCUCUGAUCACAGGAGGCACCGACAUGACGCCGACGUGCAAGUGCUGCCGAGUUUCACUCGGCCCCUGAGGAACACGGCAGUGGCACUGGGACGAGACGUCACGCUUUCAUGUGAAGUCAAGGACCUUGGCCGAUAUCAGGUCGCCUGGAUCCACCUGAAUCACUCGGCCAUCCUGACGGUGCAGACCCACGUGAUCACGCGGAACCCCCGAAUCAGCGUGUCCCACGAGAACCAGGGCACGUGGUUCCUGCACAUCCGAGAUGCCAAGGAGGAGGACGGGGGUCUCUACAUGUGUCAGAUCAACACGGACACGGCGAGGAAGCAGGUGGCCAUGCUCAAGAUACUCGUGCCUCCGAACAUCAUCGACGAGGAGAGCAGCCGCGAGGUGUCGGUGUCGGAGGGCGACGACGUCCUGCUGGAGUGUCAUGCCUCGGGGGUCCCCCCGCCGACCAUUCACUGGACCCGGGAGAACGGACAACGCAUCGCCGUGAAUCGCACCUUUAGCGUAUUGAGGUAUGAGGGAAGUCAGAUGGUGUUACAGAAGAUCAAUCGGAGGGACAUGGGCUAUUACCUGUGCAUUGCAUCCAAUGGCGUUCUUCCUCCGAUGAGCAAACGGGUUCUACUCGAAGUCAGAUUCGGGCCGACUAUUUGGCUUCCGCAUCAGCUGGUCGGGGCCCCGCUGGGUCAGACCGUGUUGCUGGAAUGCUACGUCGAGGCCUUCCCGAAGGCCUUGGUCUAUUGGCUCACUGAUAAGGAUGAAGUCAUUCAGUCUUCCCAGCGCUACACCAUAUCGGAAAAGCGGGGACCCGGACCGUAUAAGACGCACGUGACGUUGCAGAUCGGCAAUUUGCGACGGGAUGACUUAAGAACGUACGUAUGCUUGGCAAGCAAUCCCGCUGGAGAUGCCAGGGCUUCGGUCAACGUUUACCAUGCACCGGUAGCAACCCCACAAGACUUGUCGUCUGCGACGACCAACCCACCGAGUAGCAGCCAGGAAUCAGUCGCCCAGCAAGCCGACAACGACCAAGACGGGGAACAAGACGUUGCUUUCAUCGUCAUCAAUCAGGACAAGAAAGACUCCGGUGCCGCAGACUCGAGGACUGUCGUGUGUGUCGGUGGUGCCGGCAUCCUUCACCUCAUCCUUCACAUUCUCCUUCUGGGACUCACCUGAACCUCUCCUGUCAAAUGAGUUACGUUUAAGAUGUUAAAAUGAAGUGUCAUCCCGACCUAAGAGUACCUCGAGAACUGUGAACCUGUUGAACAGAAUAAAGCCGUC